AUGUCCGCCAAUACUCCGCGCACAUCCCUACGGGAGGGUUUGCGCCAGGCUCCCAAAAUCAACCAGCCAUUCAUUCCUGAUACAGCUCCGGUGAGACGCUCCCAUAUCCACUCGACCACAUCCCCUCAAUCAACCCCGAUGCAUGACAAUGUCAUCCCGUCCGCGAAUCCGAACAGUGCUCAGUUUAGUGCGGGGAGCUGGGAUGGGCAGAGGCUGGUGCCCAUGUCAACGCGCGAGGUAGCGACUCCAGGGAAUAGACCAGGCCUGUUUCCAAGUGUCAGCAACAGAGCGAAGACCGCAAAGCAAGCCAAUUUCUACGACCCUUAUUUUCCACUAAGAUUCAUCGAAGUCCCAAAGUCGGAUCAUAUCUACAAGCGGGCACAUUAUGGUUUGCAGUCAGGUAUUUCGGAUGAGGUCGACUUCGCAUUGUAUCACUUGGUGCAAAUCUCCAAUCAGCGCUGGGAUAAGUUCAAGUUCGAAGGCUUCCCCCUGCUUGCUGAGACUCUUAUGGGGAAGGCUUUGGACAUCACAUAUCUCUGUACUGGUGUCAAAUGGGAACUUGAGUACGAUUUCCGGCAACCUACUGACCGUGCCAACAUCCUCGACUCAUUACACGGUACCCGGGAUCUUCUAGAGAAGAUCGAGAAACAACCAGUGACAUUGCCAAAUGACACGCUUGAAACCUACGAAUUCAAUAAUCGUCUCCGAAAUGUGAAGGAGUCGACACUGGUCCUUCGGAACAUGGUACUCCUCAAAGAGAACGCAUUUUAUGUGUCACGCUAUGCAAAGGGGUUAUUAAGAGACUUUUUGGUCAUCCUCCUCAACAUUCCGAACCAGCCCCGCUUGAACGAAAUCAAGAAUGAUGCUUUGGAUAUUGCGGAAGAAGUUACGAAGUUCAUGAGAACCGACACACAGGAUCCGCUCUGGAUUACUCUUCUCAGAUGCCUUGAGUCACCAGACCGUGCUCACGUUGUGCGGGCCCUCUGGGCUCUGACCCAUUUCGGGACAGAACUGGAUGAGCCAGACGCAAACAAAGCGAUGGAGAACAUUUCGAAAGAGACCUUACAACAGCUAUAUUUCCAUACGCUCCUUGACUUGGAUAAGGAUAUCCUGAGUGGCGCACUGGAUUUCUGGUACCAGUACACACUUUCUCCAGACAAUGUUGAGACCUUGAUGGACGUGAUUAACCUUCCGAUCAUCUUUGUGCCGCGCAUGAUUGCAUUGUUGGCGUACGAGGGGCGACCUUCAAAGAAGGAAACGGUACUGCAGGAGGAAAAGGUGGCUCCUCCACCAUCAGAAAUACCUCGCGUACCUUCUGAACUGCUCAAAGAUCUGAUGGAGCUCAUAGAGCCUGAGCGCAGCUCCCGCUGGCUGCGUUGCUGUUUUGUCGAGGAUGGUGAUUGCGAGAUUACACAAAUUGCAUUGUGGCAAGCCUACCAAAGCCGAUUUGCAGACCCUCGGGUUCCUGGCGGCGGUGUCCUCCCUGCGGCGGAAUUCAUUAAGAAUGUCAGUACCACUUUCACCAACGCCCAGGCUCAAGUCAUCAAUGGCCCCGGCGCCGCGACAAAGUUCAUCAUCAAGGGAAUCCGGCCGCUUGAGACCGCAUAUAGUUUCCAGGGAUUCCCCUACUUUUACUGCCAAUGGGCAGACAACACAAAACCAUCUAAGGAAUGCCAACGCGCAUUUACUACCCCUGCUGAUCUCCGCACACACGUCUUCUCCGAGCACAUGAACCUCAAAGCCACCGAUACACCCGGCCAAUAUAACCUGGAGAAGGCGGAUUCGCCUGUGCACACCUGUCUGUGGGACAACUGCACCAAGUUCCGCUCGUCUGGGCUCAGUGCCGACACUCCGUUGGUUGCCGGUCAUGUAUCCUCGCAUCUACCCGAGGAUCUUGCACCAGAUGCGGAGCCACCGACCUCGAAGCGUGCUGUGCUCCAAGAACGCAUCGUACGCAAGUGGUUCUACAUGGACUCUCCGGUCAACGAACGAGGCGAGCCCGUCGGUGUGGCUUACAAGGCUGCUCUGGUGCUGCGCAAUCUUGCUAAGAACCUCCCUACUGGCACUGCGGCACAGUACGGCGGACUUCCAUGGAAGAAAGCCGUGUUUCUCAGUCAUCGGCCCAAGAUCAUCGAGACAUGGGACCGAAACCGGUCUCUGCGCAAAGAGCUCACUGAGUUGAUUAUGGCAGUAGAGAAGGAGGACUACUAUUAA